UCUCACUUUUUCCAACCUAUCUUUAUUAUAUUCCCAUUUUUCCACCGCCACAUACCCCCACCACCCCUCCUUACACCCCUGCCUUCUCGCCGGUGUAAAUUUACCGGAAAAUCCUCUCUCUCUCUCUCUCUCAUCCAAUCCUCUACUCAUAUCACGCAAUAUUCGAAAAAAUUAUAACAACAAAAGAGAGAAAAAAAAAUUGUAAGAUUUUUUUUUUUUUUUUUUUACUAUGGGUGAAGAAGUGAAAAUUACCGAUGAUAAUGAUAAUAACCGUGUUGUUGAAUGGGAAGAGGGACUUCCAAGUUUGGAUGAUUUAACGCCGUUAUCUACGUCGUUAAUUCCACGGCAACUGGCAUCAGCUUUUAGAAUCACAUCUGAACCGUCAAAAACAAUGAUGGACGUUAAUCGCGCUUCGGAAAAUACGUUUUCCUCUCUCCAAAUUAUAUCGGAGAAGGAUAGAGUAGAAGAAGAAGAAGAAGAAGAAGAAGAAGCGGAUCUAACGGAUUCGAGAAAGACACGUAGGAUUGAGGAAGCGGUAACUGAGGAUGAUAAUAAUAAUAAUGUGUUUAGUAAUAAGGGUAUAAAGAGGCCGAGAUUAGUAUGGACCCCACAACUACAUAAGAGAUUUGUCGAUGUGGUAGCACAUUUAGGUAUUAAAAAUGCUGUACCUAAAACAAUUAUGCAACUUAUGAAUGUUGAAGGAUUAACAAGAGAAAAUGUAGCAAGUCAUUUACAGAAAUAUAGGUUGUAUUUAAAGAGAAUGCAAGGGUUAUCUAAUGAAGGACCUUCAAGUUCUGAUCAUUUGUUUGCGUCUACGCCCGUGCCUCAGAGUUUACAACACCAGGGUAAUAAUAGUGGUAGUGGUAAUAAUAAUGGUCAUAAUAUGGGUAUACCUAUGCCAAUGCCUAUGAUGAUGCCAAUGCCUAUGAUGGGAAUGUCAGGACAUGGAUUUCAUGGUCAUCCGUAUAAUAUAGCGCAACAGCGUGACUGGUCUGGAAAUAAAUUUGGUCCUUAUCAUGGUGACAAAUAGUUACAGAGACAAGAAAAAGAGGGUUGGUUACUGGAUUUGUUCGUCAGAAAUCUCACUUGGUGGAAUGCAAAGUAGGAAGUCAAGUUAGAUCAUUUAGGUCUUUUUUUUUUAAAAUUGUUUAGAUUUGGUAGAUUUAUAGGGACAAAAAGUUCAUAAAUUGCUCUAAGUUUCUUAGAGCCAGGUCAUAUCUGAUUGUAGCUUCUUAUUCAGAAAGGAUGUUAAAACAUAAUACAUGAUGGCACUUAUCUUGAAAUAAAUUUGGGUUUCAUCAUCAGUAUAAUAUGGCGCAACAGGAGGACUUGUCUGGAAAUAAAUUUGGUGCUUAUCAUCAUGUUGCUCCUAGUGAGAAAUAAUUACAGACAAGAAAAAGAGGUUAGAUUCUUGGUUCUAUAUAUAAGUUGUGACUCUACUGUUUGUGUGAACUUUUUGUAUGCUAAUAGUUAAUUGUUUGUACAGGGUUAGUUACUGAUUUGUCCAUCAGAAAUCUCACUUGGUGGAAUGCAAAGUAGGAAUUCCCGUUAGAUCAUUUAGGCUUUCUAUUACUUGUUUAGACUUGGUAGAUUUAUAGGGACAAAAAUUUCAUAAACAGCAGUAAGUGUUGGUGAUAGGGGGAAAAAGCAGUUCUUUUCUGAAUGUCUGAUCAACAUGUACAAAUGAAGUUCUUGCAUUGGUAAUUUUCUGGCUCAUGCUUUUACCUCAGAAGAUUGUUACAAAUAUUAAACGGCGUACCUGAUUACAUGUAUUUGUCUUAUUGAUCUCUUCUCAAAUAAGGAAAAAGUUUUUGUCCUGAUAAAAAAUACUCUGGUGACAUUGUGACAAUUUGAUUUAGACUGCAAAAUGGCAGCUAUUCUUGUAAAGCAUUGGUGUGGAUGUUUUCCUGAAAUAAUUUCACCCAACAGCAGCAAAUUGUUUGUACGACCUCAACCUAUCCUUUUAAUGAUAAGUGUUAACCCUUUGUAUCAGUUUUAGUAUUAGACAUCUGUUUUCAGGAAUGAUCAAAGACUCAAUACUAAAGUAGGAACUUGUCAGCUUCCCUAACAUGGGUAUAUAAAGUAUUAUCCCUCUUCUCCCACUUUACAGCCAUAUUUCUUUCUAUCACAUAAUGAUUCAAUGUACCAUAUAUCAUUGGCCAACUUUGUGGUUCCUAAGUGUUUGUGCUUUCUUAAAGUUCAGUAACAAUUUACAAACAUUUCAUGUGCUUACAUUUUUCUCUAAGGCGGCUUUAGGUUUUCCGAUAUACCUAGAUAAUCUGCUGCCCUGUUUCCCUUAUGUAAUGAACAUGAUGCAAUAUUCUUUGGGAGGACCAAUUAACUGAAUAUCUUAUUUGGCCUAGCUGAGUUAAUCAAUUUUCCGUCAUCUUCGUACAUAUAUGUGUAUUUUCGACCAUCAACGGUGUGACUGAAAUCAUGUGGGAUUAAAUUUUGAGCUUUUGUGCAUGACUUUGGUUCACAAUUUCAUGAUACCGCUAGUAACUUCUUUGCAAUGUUGCUUGAGCUUGAAGCUUUGUAUUGUGAAUGCGUGGCGUUUCCUCCGUGUGUUGUAUAUGUAUAUGUCUAUCUAUGGACUGUGUGAAUGUGUUUGUCUUGUACUAUUCCUUUCUUUAAGCUACUUCAAUGAAGCAGCAGUGAGUAGGUAAAAUUCAGCUGAUUGUAAGAUGCUGUAUAGCACCUUCUUCAGUACUUUCUCUUCUUAAUAUUGUUUGUUUGUGUUCAAAAUUUGAAGUGGAAUAUAGUUUACCCAACUUGUAUCGCUUUGAAACUCCGCCUAUGUGAGCUUUGCAAAGCGUAGCCGGUCCCAAGCCCGGAUAAAGGAGGAGGGUUGAUGCCAAACGUAAAAAUAAUGUAACUAUGAAGAAUCUCUGGACUCUGAAUACUAUAGCGGACUUCAGCUAAAAUAGAUGUUACUUGUCUUCGUGCAUUAGUCUAAAACGUACAUGUAGAUGCAAUGAAUCACAACUCAUGGAAUGAAUGAGGAAUUUGGAAUGAUUUUGAUACAUUGUGGAAUUUGGACCUUUUUAUGUAAGUAACCACUUGUGCCCCCAAGGGUUUGGUGUAGCUGUCAAUGAAGUUGGACCUUUUUAUGUAAGUAACCACUUGUUCCCCCAAGGGUGUGGCCUAGUGAUCAAUGAAGUGGGUUGAGAACCAUGAAGUCCCAAGCUCAAAUUUCAGCAGAGACAAACACAGUAAGUGAUUUCUUCCCAUCUGUCCUAGACUUGGUGGACAGAGUUAACUGGGACCUGUUACCUGGAAUUAGUCGAGGUGCGCGUUGGCCCGGACACCACGGUUAUUAAAGGAAAAAGUAAAGUAACCACUUGUGAUGGUGGCUGAUUAGAAAAUGAGUGGAAGUUGACAUCCAUUCCUCUUGAUCUUGUAGGUCAUUCUAGAUUGAUGCAGGUGUUAGUAUUGUUCACACUAUCAAUUCCGGAGGGAGAUGGUUUUUCUGUAAUUUAUUGGCUUUAUUAACUACUUGUUUUCUGUUUGUUUUGCCUGGAUAUUUUCCCUUUACUGCGUAACUUAUUGUUCAUGGUUAGGUUUUCCUUAUAAGGUAGUCGUUAGGUUUUCACUGGUUUCUUGAUGAAGGUAGUCGUUAGGUUUUCACUUGUUUCUUGAUGAACAUUACAUGGAAUGGUUCUGAUUAAUUAUUAGACAGCACAAGUAAUUACUCUUUCAGAUUAAGCUUAGCUUGCUUUCCUUGUUGUCCCUGUGGUGCCGUGUAGUUUCUCUUUCUCCUUACAUCUCAUCUUUCUCCUUAUAUCUACUGUUUGUCACUAUGACUACGUAUACUGGCGACUACUCUUUUAGGUGGAGAAGCCAAGGAUAUUUCAUGCUCUUAAGUGUUGAAAGCGCUGCGCUACCUUUGUAUAGCACAAGGGCAUAACAAUUUCAGAAAACAUUACUGUGUAGGUAUCAAAGACAAGCGCUCUUGAGCGCAUGCUCAAAGAGUGGUGGAAAAGAAAUUCUUUUAUUUCUCUUUAUGAAAUAUACUGCCCUAUGUUUCUUGUCCUUGUCAGAUGGUAACUGUCUCAUUCAGGUGUUUUCUAUCCUCUCGCUAUUUGGUAGAAGAUCCUAUCUUGAGUAGUUGCUUGUUUCUUUAUCAUGCAAAAUAUAAAUUGCUUAUCAUGUAUACUUCGUACAAUGAACGUCUGCAAUUUGUGCUCGCUCUGCUAUUCUACCAGACUUGCCAUUCUUCAUAGACAGAUUAUGAAGGAUACAACCAGUAUAACAGAAUCCUGUGUCCGUUUGUUUGCUUGAUUGCUUUUCAUUUGCCUUGUGCUUGCAAUCAUCUCUGUGGUGUGCGGUUAUCAAGCAAUGGAUAACUGUAAUCCAGAGAAUUCAUAAGAUCAAAUGUCGUUGAUUCAUCCUUCAUGUCAGAAGGUUUUUGCAAUUUUAUUGUAUUAUCACUAGCUGGACUUGCCUCCUGCACAAGGACCGAACGUCCCAUUUUUAUAACUUCUUGGAAUUACUGGUGAUUCCUUGGUGUCCUUUUCUAUUUCAUUUAUAGUUGAUAUGAUGGAAGUCAUUUCUUAUGAGAAGUUCUGUAAAAUGUUGGUAAUAAUUUCUUGGAAA